AUGGCGGUUCAGUCCGCCGUCUGCGAUGCCCGGUCUGCGGCUCAGAGAUGUUGGCGGUGGCGAAUGGCUACCGUACAAGCCAAACAUUCCUCUUCACUUCUUCUUGAUAUCUAUCAUACCCAGUUGACUUCAUCAUCCUCUGCAUCACUAACCGUCUCCUUGUUACAGCACUUCUUCGCGAUACCCUUCUACACCUCUAUGACAGGUGGAGUUGACAUGCCUUCAAUUGUGCCUUUGUUCCUCCGUGUCACAAUUUUCUCACCCGCUCAUAAGGCUCACUACUGCAUCACCGUCACCCUGAAUUUGACGGUUUGCAGUUCCCAAGUCGAACACAACUGUCCUUCUGAUUUCGCGACUACACUUUCCGCUGCUUCCGUCUCCAUACGUAUUGGAGAGCAAUCCUUCUCACUUGGGCUUACCUACUGUGGCUGUCGAUGUGUCAGUUCCCUUGCAAAAAGUAAUGCUCACCCACGAGCUGCAGAACAAUACAAUCAAUCUCUAGAUCUUCAAAUCAUCCAUGUGAUUGGUCUGCGUCGACCAACCAACCGAACGACCACCCCACAUCGAUUGGCCACUUUGGGUGUGAUUCGCGGCCACCCCUUGUCCACGCUCCUAUUGUCGCUGCUCGGUCUGCGUGGCUACUAG